CACACACACGACACAACACAACACCUUCUCCUAAUCUCGCUAGUCGUAGCAUCAUCAAUGCUCUCUUCACUUCACCCUCAUCCUACAUUUGCAAUCUCUUUUCUGUUUCCCUGCUCACAUGGGUUCCCCAGUCCAAAAAGGCAGUCUCCACCAACUGGGUUGGGCUUGAACAGAGCUCUGAUCAAACUGAGAACACCAAGAGGUCCGAGGCUGAUGGCUUCUGGGAGCAAUGGAGGUGUACAUGAAGUUGGGGAGCGGCUUUAUCUGGGAAUGGACUUUGGUACUUCCGGAGCGAGGUUUGCUGUCAUUGAUAAACAUGGGUUAAUUCAUGCUGAGGGAAAAAGAGAGUACCCUCUUUUUAUGAGUGAAGAAAAAAUGGAUUGGACGCGUUCAUGGAAGGCGACACUCUUCUCACUUCUUGGAGACAUUCCAUAUCAUCUUCGUAAAUUAAUUGCUUCCAUUUCCAUUGAUGGGACUUCCGCAACUACUCUCAUUGUUGACAGCAACACAGGAGAACCAAUAUGGAGACCUUUCCUUUACAAUGAAAACUGUCCUGAUGCUGUACCAACAGUUAAAUCUAUUGCUCCUCCAAACCAUACAGUCUGCUCCGGUUCUUCUACUCUGUGCAAGCUUGUCUCCUGGUGGAAGAAAGAUGCCCCAAAUAAAAAAUUGGCACUAUUAUUGCAUCAAGCGGAUUGGCUUUUGUGGCUUCUUCAUGGAAAGCUUGGAGUGUCUGAUUAUAAUAAUGCUCUGAAGGCUGGUUAUGAUCCUGCGCUCGAAUCCUAUCCACCCUGGCUACUCUCUCAGCCCUAUUCACAACUUUUACCUUCUGUUAGAGCUCCAGGAACAACAAUCGGUCAUUUGAAAGAGGACAUAAGAUCAGAUUUUGGUUUCCCAAGUGAUUGUGCUGUAUGCACAGGAACCACUGAUAGUAUAGCAGCUUUUUUAGCAGCUCGUGCAACACAACCUGGGAAAGCUGUAACUUCUUUGGGUUCGACACUUGCCAUAAAAUUGCUGAGCACAACUAGGAUCGAGGAUGCACGGUAUGGAGUAUAUAGUCAUCGCCUUGACGAUGAGUGGCUUGUUGGAGGUGCUUCAAAUACUGGUGGAGCAGUUCUUAGACAACUUUUUACUGAUGAGCAACUAGAGAAAUUGAGUGAACAGAUUGAUCCCAUGGAAGCUUCUUCUCUAGACUACUACCCACUGCAAUCAGUUGGUGAGAGAUUUCCAGUGGCAGAUCCUAAUAUGGCUCCAAGAUUACAUCCACGUCCAGAAAGUGAGGUGGAGUUUUUGCAUGGGAUUCUUGAAUCCAUUGCGCGUAUAGAGCAGGCAAAAGGGUACAACUUACUCAAGGAAUUAGGCGCAACCCAAGUUGAUGAAGUGAUCACAGCCGGAGGUGGUGCCCGAAAUGAAAAAUGGACAAAGAUAAGAGAGCGAGUACUUGGCUUGCCUGUAAGUUCUGCAAUUCAAGCCGAGGCUGCAUAUGGAGCUGCUUUGUUGGCUUUGAAAGGAGUCCAUGAGAAAUGAAUCUAGUUUAUGUAAGAUUAUAUAUACAGUUCCUCAUCUGGACUGUUUAAUACUUUAAUUGGCCUACUGAAUAGCUUCUGAUUAAGUGGCCUAUGUUCUAAGGAAAUGUUGCAUAAGUAAGCUACUUUAUUUAUUUAUUACUAUUCUGAGUA